UAUUUCUAUUUAUUUCUAUUCAUUUUAUUGAUUCUCGCCUUCCAACAUAGUCGAUUGAGAUUCUCUUUUAAUCCUUUUGUGUGGGUUUCAUAUUCUUUUCGACUUUUCCAUCUUUCAUCUUCUAUUCUUUUAUUUUAUUAUCAAUUUUUUGGUCUUUUUCUGGUUUACAUUUGUUGACUUUCUGGUUUCGCCAUCUUUUCCUGGUUGUCCUUUGUGACUUUUCACCAAAAUAUUAUGUGUAUUAUUCGUAAGAAUACAUCUAAUUGUGACGAUGAUCUAAGCGUCAAUAUCCCUGAAGAAGUUCUUAUUAAUAACCAUGUGUCAGAUAAUGACGGUGAACAUGGAGAGGAAACCAUUACCUCAAAUGAAACUCAAAUUGAUUUGGAUCGUCAAAUAGCUGAAGGAUUACAAGCUCGUGAAUUGGCAAGACAAGAUCGAGAACGAGAACGAGAUCGAGCUCGACGAUUUCGAGAACAACAACAAAGAGCCAUCCUUAGACCUCAGCCAACCUUCAUAGGCCUUGGCUGUCGGGGUAAAGGCUACAAAAAAUAUCGCCGUUAUGAGAACGCUAACCUUUUCAAAGACUUACCUGUGAUUGAUGGUGAUGAUCAUCUCGGUGAAUUGUCCAUUUAUGACUUUGUGCCUCAUUCUAUGACUGCUCUCUCUCAAUUAUUGAUGAACAAGGAAAACAUGCAAAUUUGGAAUCAUUUCAUUCACCUGCCUGAAGAAAUACAAGAAAGUUUUUUGGAAAAGUAUCGAAAGCGAGACUCUAACAAGUCUUUGAAGAAUGGAAGUAAACAAUCAAAAAUCAGGUCUACAUGAGAUCAAUUGAAUCAGAUCACAUUAACCUGUGAACACACUUCGAGUGUUAAAACCCCGUUGGCUUGAUCGAUCUCAUUUAUCACUAAAAUUGAUCAUAGUCACCGUAUCAUCUUUAAAUUGUUGUGUGAUUGUCUCUCCAAAAAAAAAACAGAAAACAACUCCUACAGUUGUACCAACAAAUCCAAUGUAGAUUCAUAUGGUUUUUGUUUCGAUUUACUUACCAAGAGUAAAAGGAAACAACAAAGGAAAAAAAACAAAAAAAAACUAAUUGCAAUUUGGAAAAAUAAUCAAACUUUCCAACCCGUCCAACCAAUUAACAAAAAUUGGACAUCUCUGUGAAAUAAUUAAAAUGUAACGUUAGCUUUCAAAUCGCCAAUUAAAAUGCUAACUAAUAA